UUCAUAGAGGAUUAUUACCGAUUUUUAUCGUUACUUAUAUUUGAUUUUAAAAUUGUCUUUUUUUAGUUUUUUAGGCAUUCAAAUCCUGAACUCAAUAUUAUACCAGCAACUCACAAUGGAAAACGCAACGCAAAUACCAGAAUACAGAAGUUGUGAACCAGCUAAAUACGAGUAUAAAAAAAUAUCUUAUUCUGAGUUAUUUGAAGUAUUACAAUCCUUACGCAAAUGCGAGAUUUUUUGUGAUAUUAAACUUGAAACGGAAGAUAAAAAAAUAAUAUUCGCACACAAAGUGGUUUUAGCAUCGGCUAGUCCAUUUUUCCAUGCAAUGUUCACAAAUUUUGCAGAAAAAAAUCAUGAUCUUGUUGUUAUGAGAGAGAUAGAUUCAACCGCUUUACAGCUGUUAGUAAAUUUUAUUUAUUCGGGGGCUAUCGUGGUCACGGAAGAAAACGUUCAGGUUUUGCUACAAGCUGCAGAUUUGUUACAGUUACAAGAAGUAAAAGAUGUAUGUUGUGAUUUUUUAGAGAAACAACUCUGCUCUACAAAUUGUAUCGGUAUAAAAGAAAUAGCUGAUUUACAUAGCUGUACGAAAUUGUUAACAAAUUCAGAAUUAUAUAUUCAACAACACUUUUCAGAAGUUGUUGAUGGUGAAGAAUUUCUAUCCUUAUCAUAUGAACAAGUAGUCAAGUUGAUCUCUAGUGAUGAACUUAUAGUUCCAUCUGAAGAAAAAGUAUAUGAAUCUAUUAUUCGAUGGGUUAAACAUGAAUUGGGUUUAAGAAAAACUAUUUUUCCCCAAUUAAUGGAACAAAUACGUUUACCAUUAAUAUCAAAACAUUACAUUUUAAAAAAAGUAGUUGAGGAACCUCUUAUUAAGAAUUGUUUUAAAUGUAAGUUUCUUCCUUAA